GUGUUAGUUCCCUCAGAAGGAGUCCGGGGCUCAGCGGAACCAACCAAGAGCGAGCGGCGCGGGGGGAGCGCGUCGGUUGCCGGCGGGGGCGGCCGGAGACAUGAGCACUAAGGAGGUGACCUGCAGGUAUUAUAUGCAAGGGGUGUGUCGAGAAGGAAGCAGGUGUUUGUUUUCACAUGACUUAACUACAAGCAAACCCUCUACUGUCUGCAGAUACUACCAGAAAGGACAAUGUGCCUAUGGAGCUCGCUGCAGAUAUGAUCACACCAGACCAUCUGGGUCUGGUGGUGCAGUGGGUACUGUGCCACCCAGCCUUUCUGCACCAUCGUUCAACAGCCCUAAUCCUCUGCCAGAGCAUAACAUGCCUGUAAUCAAGAGCAAAACACAUGAGCCUGGAAAACGCAAAAAGAGAACAUUAGUGCUUAGGGACAGAGAUUUAUGUGGUUUGAGUGAAGAACAGGUGAGACACAGUGCCAUGAGUGACUCAGUAUGUUGCAGUGACAAAAAUGAUAAUCUGGAAGUGAAGCCCCAUUCAUAUUUAGAAGCUAUUCGCAGUGGGCUCGAAGAAGAUUCAGUGGCUGGAAGUUCCUAUGCUGAUGGACAGCAGCUAUGUCCCUAUGCAGCAGCUGGGGAAUGCCAGUUUGGUGACCGGUGUCUUUACCUCCAUGGAGAUGUGUGUGAAAUCUGUGAAUUGCAAGUACUUCAUCCCUUUGACCCAGAGCAGAGGAAGGCUCAUGAGAAGAUGUGCAUGGCAGCAUUUGAACAUGAGAUGGAGAAGGCCUUUGCCUUUCAGGCAAGUCAGGACAAAGUAUGCAGUAUCUGCAUGGAAGUGGUGUAUGAGAAACCAUCGGCCUCGGAGAGAAGGUUCGGAAUCCUUUCCAAUUGCAAUCACAUCUACUGUUUGUCCUGCAUCCGGCAGUGGAGGUGUGCCAAACAGUUCGAGAAUCUAAUCAUAAAAUCCUGCCCGCAGUGCCGAGUGACAUCAGAGUUUGUAAUUCCUAGUGUAUACUGGGUAGAAGACCAGAACAAGAAAAAUAAGCUGAUUGAGGCAUUUAAGCAGGGAAUGGGGAAAAAGGCCUGCAAAUACUUUGAACAAGGAAAGGGAACCUGCCCAUUUGGAGGAAAAUGCCUUUACCUUCAUGCUUACCCUGAUGGGACACGAGCUGAACCUGAGAAACCACGAAAACAGCUCAGCUCAGAGGGGACUGUGCGGUUCUUCAAUUCUGUUCGGCUCUGGGAUUUUAUUGAAGACAGAGAAAGUAGGACUAUACCCAAUGCUGAAGAUGAAGUGACUGAGCUUGGAGAGCUUUUCAUGCACCUCUCAGGGGCAGAUCAAGAGUCUGCCACUCCUCAAUAAAGGGAACUAAGGAACAAAAGUUCUGUUUUCACUGCUUACUUAAAGGUGGUUUUGGUUUUUACAGGAAAAAUAUAGCUUACUGGGGAGGUUCUUGUAGAACUUUUGUAUAAUCUGUAUACAAACAAUAGUACAGAAGGCUAUUAAAUAAAAAACUAACACGUGUAUAGGGAAAGGGAGGUUUGGGGGUGAUUUUGUGCAUAAACAGCAAGGGUAAGUUGCCAAACCUUUUUCAACACCUAGUUCUUUAAUAUCCUAGGCCUAACACUGCAAACAGUUACCUCUCUCCCCCUCAACAGAAGUGGGUUCAGUAAACUCUACUCUCACCACCUUGUCUCUCUGAAAGUAAAAGGCUGCAUGGUGAAAUGCACUAGUAUAGCUAGAACAGAUAAAACCUAGUUACAAGUGAAUGUAUAAUCCCCUCCUAAAGUGCAUCACAGUAGGAAGACAGACUUGUACCUUGCUGAAUUUUCCAGACUAAUUUUCCCAAGACAUUGGUGCAAACACCUUACUUUUUUAGAAAGAACUCAAGGUGCUUGGUUUGACAGCUCAUCCAAGGGACAGCACUUCAACCAGCUGUGUUCCUUUCUUGGGCAUUAUUUCUAUACACACACCUUAUGGAAUGCCCUCUAAACAGCAUUUACUGGAGCAAGUACAUCCAUGGACUGAUCCACACAAACAAGUUGAGCUGACAGAAUUGCAGUACAGGGUUGCAGGUGUGGCUAGACCUGCUUCGUAGUAGAAAUCCUGCAUCUGAUGUCCAAAUUGGAUAUUGUGCAAAGAGAAACUGGGGUAAUCUUUGUCUGGACAUUGAUUCGCUACAAGUAGUAUAGUGGAGAGAGUGUUUGAAAACUGCAAUACUGCUACAUAUAUUCAAACUGAAGAUAUAUGCAAGAAUGAUCAACAGUCUGAUUAAUUCAUUCUAGAGUCAGUAAAAUGUGACUAGACUGCUCUAUAAUCCACUAGAACAUGUUGCCUAAGCCCCUAGAAUUGCCAUGAUCAGUGGCAAUUUAACUGUACGUAGUGGAUUUCAAUUACAGAAGCAAACUAAAUUUCUCUUAAAAUUAAAUGCAGCAAUUUACAUGCAUCCCCGAGAUGAAAGUUACACAUCUUACAAUGUCUCCAAGAAACUAGAAGCUAAAGAGGUCAGUCACUAUAAUGGUCCAAAUAACCUCUGCAUGGUUGCCGUGGAACCCUUUGCCCUCCCCAGGGUUCUCAGAUCAUGGUCUUGCUCAGACUUACGAACCGAAGUCAACAACACACCUCAUUUGGAUCUGUUAGUACACAAUCAGGCAGCAGCACCAGCGACCCAAAAAAAAAAAGGCCACUACAGUACAGUAUUGUGUUACAUGUAAACUACUACCAAAGUUUAAACAAAAGAUUUGACAUGGUAAGGAAACUUUCUGUGCUUGUUUCAUUUAAAUUAAGAUGGUUAAGAGCAGCAUUUUUCUUCUGCAUAGUAAAAUUUCAAAGUUGUCAAUGUUUGCUGGUAAACUUUUGAAAGAACCACUAUAAUGGCUUUUUUUAGCAUUAGGAACAACCUCCACUCCCAAGGUGUUCGUAAUUCCAAGGUUCUCCUCUCAUUCUAAGGUUGGCAGCUGGCUACUUUCAUAUGUAGCUUUCACUUUUAAGUUAUACAUGUUCUAUCCAGAAGGCACUUGCAUGCUUCUUCCUUUCUGGCCUCUGCUCCAAGUGAAAAGGGAGAAGCCAUUUGGAGAAUCUGUCAGUGCUUCUGGGCAUGUGUACACAUAUGCACCUAUUGCUGAUUGAUGGAGAAAGGUAAUUAUUUUCCAGUAGUGUGUGGUAGAAAUUUAGCUGACUUUGUGCAGGUUGUGCUAGGUUAUUCCUGCAGAUAAUUUAAGUGUACUAACUUACAAAAUUGAUUAGGUGAACUUCACAAAAGUGAACAUGUCUGGCUGAAAGUUUAGAUUAAUGGACAGAGUAAACAAUGAAAUGCCAGCACCACAGCCCAGAGGCUCUCAACCUUUCCAGACUAUUUUACCCCUUCAAGAAGUCUGUCUUACAUACCCCACGUAUCCCCUCAAACUAUUUGCUUACAAAAUCAGACAUAAAAUACAAAAGUGUCACAACACACUAUUACUGAACAAUUGCUUUCUCAUUUUUACUAUAUAAUUAUAAAAUAAAUCAAUGGGAAUAAAAAUAUUGUACUUACAUUUCAGUGUAUAGUAUAUAGAGCAGUAUACAUAAGUCAUAUGAAAUUUCAGUUAGCUGUGCUGACGUCACUAGUGCAUUUUAUGUAGCCUGCUGUAACACUUGGCCAAUAUCUAGAUAAGUUGAUGUACUCCUUGAAAGACCUGUGUAGGGUGACCAUUUUUCUUAAAGUAAAAGGGGACAGGCUGGGACUGAUCCACAGAGCUCGGGGGGGGACCUGCAGCGAGGCUGGGGAUGACCUCCUGAGCCCCGCUGAGGGGGUCAGCUCUGAAGGCAGUGCUACCCACCAGCAUCAAAUUUCUCUGGGACAAAUGCCCGGUUUUGGUGAAAAAGUAAGGAUGGCCAGGACAGCUGAAAAAGGGGACUAUCCAGACCAAAACAGGAUAUGUGGUCACCCUACCUCUGCAUACCCUCAGGGGUACGCAUACUCCUCGUUGAGAACCACUGCUUUAGCCAACAUCUUCAGUAUAAGUAGUUUUUCAAACAGAACUUUGUGUACAAAGAAGGAGCAAGUAAAGGGGCACAAGGAACAGGUGGAGACAUAGUUAAAUGAUUUGAAGAGAGCUCACACUUACUCCCCUCAGAGGCAGCACCCCACAUCCAAUUUAGGAUAUUGGGAUUGCAUACUUAGAACAAGCCUGAAGAUUUACAUGGCCUUCAUUAGGCAUCAUUUUUAUAUAAAAGAAUAUGGAAGUUUCAACUAUCUGUUCCACAACUAGAAAAUGUGCAGUGCUGUCCCUUAUUUGUAGCUCAGGAUACUAAACUUAAUCUCACUGGAGAAGGUUGUAAUUUAACUAUGUCUGGAUAGUAAGAUCACGAUUACUAUGAAACUUUUCCUGUGCCCGGCUCCUCCAAGUAUUUUUGACACACGUUUCUACUUAUUUUAAUGCCUAGAGGCCUCCAUUAGGAUCAGAUCUAUACAACUAGAGAGUAAAAUGGCAGUCCGUCCCUCCAGAAAUUACAAUCUAAACUGAGAAAAAUAGCAGGAGUAACAAACAAUGGGAGAGAGAAUGAAGGAAACAGCAACAAGAAUGUAUGGCAGCAUAGACAAGCUACAUUCAGCAAGAUGGUCAGGCUUGUACUGUAAGAUUAACACUGUAACCAAGAGUCCCAUGCCAAUCAUCUAUAGACCUUCGACCAUUCACUUUUUCUAUACGAACAACUGUGCCACUACCUUUCUGUGACUUAUCUUCAGCAUUCUGCUGCAUGUCGUUAGUUUUGGAAAGGAUAUCUGCAUUAUUUCCAGUACUGAAGAGUAGCUCCUCCCAUAAAAAACAUAUCAUAGGUAACCAAACUGCAGCACUGUCCUGCUUUUGUUUGCUUUAAUUUUGAAAUCCUUUAAGCAAGACAAUUCCUUAUUUAUCUUUGUCAGCAAGGCAGCAGGAGAUGCCAUAUGCUGUAGUAUUUAUUAAACAAGACAACUAUGGCUAAAUUUUCAGUGUCAUCUAGGGAAUUUUGAUGCCCAAUUUCCAUUAAAAUUAGCACCCAAAUUCCCUUUAGAACAUAUAUAUUUUGUAGGGGCUAGCUGGAACCAUGGCUUGGUGUACUAGCCUUUCACUCCUGGAGUAAAAUGUUUAUUACAAUCAAAGUUACACACCCCUUAAUCUUAGGGUAAAGAUUUAAAAUUGUAUUAAGUUACGAGUGAAUCUGUUCAGUGGCUUAGAACUUAAAUUAUUCCUUUUUGAAACCCAGAACAUGUUGUAUUUUUCCAAUCCUCUUAGAAUUUUUUUCUUGUAAAACAUAUUUAAGGACUGGUAGCUGUAGAACAGAACAAAAUAGUUCAUACUUUGUUACCAACAACGUGUUGUGGAUUAGGGUGAUUCUUCGAUGACAUCAGAAUGAUCGAGCUGAAUUUAACCAAAUAUUUGAACAUUAAGGGUAAUUUCACUUCACUGCUCGUUUAGUCUUUGUAAUGCUGAAAUUUUGUAAUGGUUAUACAAAACUACUUCAACCUUAAUGUUAAGCUAAGGUUUUUUUGUGUGGGAACAUUUAUUCUGGUAACAAGAACCUUGCUGAUCUGCAGGGAGUAAAAAUUAAAAGGUACCUCAGAAUUUUGA